AAGAUUUGAAAAAACAAAUGAGAUGCUGGUGAAUUGUAAUGCCUUAUUAAGCUCUCGUUAUGUUGGUGCAAGUAAAGAUCUGAAAAAACACAUCGCUCUUUUAGUGGAUUUAAAGAAAGAUCUUGACUCUGUAUUUCGAAGAAUCAGAUUUCUUAAAAUGAAAUUGUCUCAGCAGUAUCCGGAAUCAUUUUCUGCAUGCAGUAGUGUAUUUAAUAUUCUUGAUGAAGAAGAAGAACAAGAUGAAAAGGAGAAUACUUCAGCAUACAAUCUGCAAGCUCCUGACAUAAGUACUACAGUUGCCAGUAGUUCUGGCAGCAGAGGAAGUUCACCAACAUCUGCAUCUACUUCAACAUCAGAUAGCUGAUUAUUUAUUUAUUUUAUUAUAAUAUUCCAGUUCUUAAAAUUGAAUUACUAUACAUGAUUCAGACUUUGUCUAAUUUCUGCAUUUGUUGCAUGAAAAUGUAAUUAUCUCAUUUCUCUAGUCAGAAUGUGAUGUGUACUUAUAUUGCUCCAGUGAAAUCUGCUAUGUUAUUUUAUAGAAUAAUUCAGAACAUUAUUUUUGUGCAUUAUCAAAAGCAGAUUUUAUUAAGUUAUAAAAACAAAACUGCUACCAAUUGUUGAAAUAUUUAGUUAAUAUUCAUAUAUUUUUAGAAAUUUUUUUAAUGAUUAUUUGAAACAUACAGAUUACAUAUGUGGUACCACUUAUGCUAAAUCUCAUACUUUUGAGGAAAGGUCUUAUGUCUUUUAAGGUUAAAAAUACAUCUGUUGUAAUUUAAACAGCUUUGUUUGUAAUGAAUGUAUGUCAUUUUGUAGUGAGAUUUUUUAAUAAUGGAACUUCAUGCUAUAAUUACUAGAUAAGAAAAUAACUGAUAUUAUUAAUUUUUAAGCUGUUACCUCUCAACAUUUCAAGAAAUGCUCAGUUAUUCUUGUGCUGUGAGCUUAAUUUUGAUAUGUCAUUGUCCAAUUCCUUUCUUACUGCUAACUUAGUGUUGUUAUUUCUUGAUAUGUUCAAUUACGAUGUAAAAUGGCUUUUUGAGGAAAGUUUUCAACCAGGGUAACCACUGUUUGAUGUGAAAAUUCAGUUAUCAAUAAUAAGAUAGAUAUUAUUUCGCUAAAUUUUUCCAUUUUUUUAAUGCUGUCUGGCUUUAUAUAUUGGCGACACAGGCAGUUGCGUGGGGUGUCUAUUUUCAAAUGGUGGUAGCUAAGUUGUUUCCACUAGGGGCAACUAAAUAAAAGUAUAUUUGGCUUUGUGAUAAAUGCAUUUAAUAUAUGUAGGAUGGCAAGUAUACAAAUCGCUUAAGGUGCAAAAAAUUCUGAGCUGGGCCUGCUCCUGAAACAUUACUUCAAAAUCAAAAAAAGGCAUUAAUGUUUAUUACAGUUAUUAUUUAGUCCUUAGUAACACUUAUAUAAUAUGGUAUUAGACAGACAUGGCCUUCAUUCCAUAUAAAUAACAAAAAAGAUAAAUAAAUGUGUGUUUUGUUGUUUAAUAUAAUAGUCUUUUUAGACUUUUGUACUUUUAAGAUGUGCAUACUUUGUUUGCAUAUCUUAAAAGAUAAGUAAUGCAGAAGAGUUAUGGAGAAAAUUUAUUUUAUUUAUGCUAUAUAUUACAGAUGACAUGAAUAUUUUUGGUGUUAAUAAUGUCAAAAACCUUACAAAAUCCAAAAUCUGCAUGUAACUUUUUGCCUCCUCCUUAUGUUACUAUUAUUGUUCUGUUGCUGACUGGAAGCCUUAAUGAUAGUAUAAACAUUAAUUAAUUUAUAUUUUGUAUUAUGCUAUAUGUAUUAGAUAUUGUGUUUUUACAGUGGAAGAAAAUGUUUAACUAAGAACAUUUUUAGAAAGAGCAAUACAUUGGCUCUUUCAUGAUACAGUACUUACAUUCCCCUUCUUAUGAAUGAGUUACUUUCUGAAUGACUGUUUGUACUAUGAAUUUGUUUGUAAAAUGUCUUUGGUUUGCUGCAAAUGUAUCCUAAGAAUGUUCAUAAUAUAAGAGUUAUAAAUACUAUUAGUUGAAAUGCUAAAAUAAAUAAAUAAUAAAUUUUCAAUUUAAAUACAGAACAUUAGAAGUAAAAAAUUACAUGUAAAUAAAGAAUUACAGUAUGUAU